CUCGGUGCUAAACAGUGUUGCCAGAUUGGGCGGAUUCCCGCUCAAUAUGGGGGUUUUUGGUUCUAAAUUUGCGGGCAAAAAUGGCUUUAGGCGGGUAGGUAUAUCUUGGGCAGGCUUGGGGUCGAUUAGGCGGUUUUUAUUUCCUUGUCAUAAGAAAGUGGACUUAGUUAGGCUGGGUGGCGAUCAGACUUCCACUAAUGUUCUAAGUUCUGAGGCUCAGUGAACGCACCAGGAGGAGAAGCUUCAUGGUCCUGGGCUCUGUCGUUGUUGAGGGGAUUGCUGCCUUGCCUGCCAAUAAAUGUGUUCAAAAGCUUUGGGCUCGGUGUGGGAGGGGCUUUCUGUUCAUUAUUUUAGCGUGAUGAUCAUUAUAUUGAGUGGUGUGUUUACAGUAGUCCUGUCUUGGCUGGUUUAUACUUCCAACAGACUCGUAAUCGCUCACGUCGUGGUCGCGCGGCCAUUGUGGUAUUAGCCAUGUUGGGGUUAAACCAGACUCAAGGGAAUGUCAUGAAAGGAGGAGCCUCUAGGGGGAGCUGGCGGAUGGUUGUGUGGAUUGUAGGGGAAUGUUGCUUGGGUGCUAUGUUGGAAAAGGAAGAAUAAAAUUCACGUCUUCAGCACAGCACGUCUCAGUCUUUUGUAAAGCAAUAACAUGGUGUCAGAAGCGGGAUGUUAAUAGACUGAGAAAAAAAAAGAAAAGGAAAGAAAAAGAAGGGAAAAGCCGGAUGAACCGGAAAACAGAUGGCAGAGGAAGAAAUGGCGGCUCCGCAGGCUACUCCGACUGCUACGUUCACCAUACAACCGCCAGAGUCCUUUGACUUCACAAAACCACAAGAGUGGGAGCGAUGGAUUAGACGUUUUGAACGCUUUCGAUUAGCAAGCAACCUAAGCGCGACGCCUGAAGAGAACCAGGUAAACACGCUGGUGUAUUGCAUGGGAGACGAGGCCGAAGACGUGCUAAGAGGGCUAGCGCUAACUGCGGAUGAAAAGAAGCAGUAUGCAUCGGUCAAAGCCGGGUUGGAUUCAUUCUUCGUGCCCAAAAAGAACGUAAUCUACGAAAGAAACCGUUGAUUCCUUUAUCACUGCGCUUUAUGGAUUAGCUGAACACUGCGACUAUGGGCAGCUACGUGAUGAGCUGAUCCGUGACAGACUCCACGCAGGGUCCCCCUUCCUCUCAUGGGCAAAGUGAAGGAGGAGAUAGAUUGCAUGGAGAAGAUGGACGUCAUCACCAGAAUUGAGGAUCCCACUGACUGGUGUGCAGGGAUGGUGGUGGUCCCAAAGAAAUCAGGUGCAGUACGUAUUUGUGUGGACUUUACCAAGAUGAACCAGGCAGUCUGCAGAGAAAAAUAUAUCCUGCCUUCUGUUGAGCACACACUAGGCAUGCUAGCAGGUGCAACAGUUUUCAGCAAACUGGACGCCAACAUGGGUUUCUGGCAGGUGCCGUUAACUGAGGACAUUCUGGUGUGGGGAAAGACCCAAGAAGAGCACGAUGUGCGGCUGCAUGCGCUGCAGAAGGCCGGCAUCACACUGAACAUCGAUAAGUUCGGGUCAGCGCAGCGCCUCAUCCUCCGGGUUCCUCUGAAGGAACUCUGCUGGCCUCUGAGAUCCUGAAGAGAUUCCAGCAGCUGAACAUGGACCACACCUGGACCGAGUCUCUGUACGCCACACUGCAGUUCCCCGACAGGUGAGGCCCCGCCCCUUCUCAGGAAACACCUGAGUCCCUAAUCCAUCUCGGUCUGUGGUUUACAUUUAUUGUCCCAAUAAUGUUCCUUCAUGUAUUUAUC